AUGGUUUCCAUCACCCCCGAAGCUGUAGUUGGCACCACCAUCGCCUUAUCCUACAUUCUUCUGGGCAAUGCCAUCACACAGUCGUUCAUGGGCGUGCCCGCGCUCCUGGUAGACUUCCCCCAUCCGACAUCUCCCGAUCACGCAGCACGUGUCCGCCUGCUCGGUCGCCAGUGGCCCGUCUUCUGGGCUGUGGGCAACGUCUUCUUCCGCCCCAUCAGCACUUUCGGCAUCUUCGGGUACGGCUACACCGCGUAUGCCGCGGCCUCGUCUGGAAACUACAGACUGGGCGACUGGAGACUAUACGCCGUGUCGGCUGCCUGCCAUCUCAUCACUGUUGUGCACUCGGCCCUCAACAUGCAGCCCAUAAACGUGAAGAUCGAUGCGCUCAAAGAGCCCAAGGGUCCCGGUGUCGAUGCCGCCAGGGCGGAGAGCUAUGCUAGGAAGUGGAUCAGUUACAAUACCGUCCGGUUGGUUAUGCCCUUGGUUGCCGGAACUGUUGCACUGUGGCAGACCUUGAUCUCUCUAUGA